CCUCCUGAUUGCUCUGAGUGGGUGCUGUUAGAAACCUACCGCAAUAACCUGAAGGAUAUAACUGGAUUUGAUAAGAGUGUAUGGCGUUGGCGAAUUAUUCAUGUGGACUCUAGCUAAGUAUUAUAUUUUUAUUGUCACUGUAGGCAGAUCCACACUGUACUCUUAAAGCACAUCCCAUGCACAUUAAAAACUCAUAACUUUCCCCAAAGAAUCCUAGGAACUGUAGUUGCCUCCUCACAGACGUACCAUACCCAGCAUCCUUAACUAUUUCCCUGCAAUUCCCAGGAUUCUUUGGGGGAAGUCAUGUACUUUAAAUGUGCAUUGGGUGUCCUUAAAAUGUAUGGUGUAGCUCUCCAUUUGCCACACAUAUGAUCAAGCAGGCGCACUCAACAAGGGCUUGGGAGAGUUUGCACUGCUGUAGGAAAACAGUAGACUCCUCAAAGAGGUUGAACGGGCAAAAAGAAAAGAAAAAAGUCCGCUUUCUCAGUUGGGCUUGGGUCAGCUAAAUUCACACACUUGCCUAUCACACACUUUCAUACUGGCCCGGGCUUAUCAAACACAUCCUACAUGGCAAUGCAUUACUGCACAUUGCAGUUGUGUGGUGGUGUUUCGUUAUUCUGGUUUGGUGGUGUUUAUUUUAUUAUUUUAAUUGUAUAUUAUACAAUAGGUGGGCUAUAAAUAAAUAUUCAUUCAAAACUGCCAGCAAACACUUUAGCCUGCAAACCUGUGCGCACUUUACCUGGGAGUAAGCUUCACUGAACACAGUAAACAUGCACAGGAUUAUGCUCUUAAGGCUACAAUUUUAAACACACUUGAAUAAGCCCCAUUAAAUUAUGUGGAAUUGAUUUCUAAAAAAAAUUCACACCCAUUAGGAUUGUACCACACAUGUGUUAGGGUAAAUAAUAUUUUUUUUGUAUGAAUACGGUUAGCCUUGAGGUUGUAGUCAGUAGAAAGUGUUUUAGGUUUUUGUCAAUUGAGAUCACAGACACGAAAGUCUUACAACUCUCUCUCUUUUGCUUUCUCUCUCCGCCCCCCCACCCCCAGUUUGUUGAGCAACCUCACUCUAGUAACAGAUAUUCCAGAGGUGACCUACCCUUCUCAGACUUUCAUCUGGAAGAGAUUUGAAAAUGCCUUCAUCGCUGCUUCUGGCCUUAUCAGCUAUGCACCUGUGUUCAAGGCCUAUUUCUACCAGGGGCUGUUGGAGCUCUAUGAAGAUAAUAUACAAUAUGCUGAGAUAAGGGCUAUGCUGCCACCGGUAUAUGAGUUGGAUGGUACCAUGCAUGACAAACGCUGGUCUAUGGCAGUUUAUGAAAGUACAACCCAACAGUUUGUAAAGGACCACCCAGACUUUGUUGGUGCAAAGAUUAUAUACACAGCACACAGAAAUGAGAAUGUCCCCCAAAUUGAAGAAGCGGUCCGUGCAGCUAUGGCACUCAGAGCAGAGUUCCCGGAAACUAUGGCAGGCUUUGAUUUGGUUGGCUGGGAAGAUGGAGGAAAGGCCCUCUGGGAACUAAAGGAUGCCUUGACCCUUCCGGAAACUCUGGGAGAUAAAUUGCCAUAUUUCUUUCAUGCUGGUGAGACAAACUGGGAAGGCACCUCUGUAGAUAGAAAUUUGUUGGAUGCUCUGCUGUUGAACACCAGCAGGAUUGGCCAUGGAUUUGCCAUUACCAAGCACCCAGAAGCUAAGAAUUUGGCUUUGAAGAUGGAUAUUCCUAUAGAAGUCUGCCCUAUUUCUAACCAGGUCCUGAUGUUAGUAUCGGAUCUCAGGAACCAUCCUGCUGCAGUCCUGAUGGCAGAGGGUCACCACAUCGUGGUUUCCUCUGAUGAUCCAUCCAUCUUUGGAGCAAAGGGUCUGUCAUAUGACCUCUAUGAGAUGUUCAUGGGCAUUGGAGGGAUGAGUGCUGAUCUGAGGACUUUGAAACAACUAGCACUAAACUCUCUAAACUACAGCAGUAUGCAACCUGGUCAAAAGAAAAAGGCCCUGGAGAUCUGGCAAAAAAAGUGGGACCAGUUCAUAGCUUCAGUCUCUGCAGCACGCUAGACACAGAGGCGCAAAAGACUUCUUCGCUUUAAGCAUGGUACUCUGAUCAGAUGACAGCUAAUGUCAAUAUAAAUUUGUCUUGUCUCUUGUACAUUUCAGUACCUGAGCAAAGUGCCCUUUUAAUUCUGCUGCAAAUGCUCCAAAUCAAUGACUGAUCAAAAUGCACUCCUUAAAGGUGGAACUAGGUGUGCUUCAACUCAAUCAGCUAUUGCUGUCCUGAACCCUUCUUGUCAUCCCUAGAUAUUUAGCACAAAUUAGGCCUUUUAGCCCUAGCUAGCCACUGCCUCUGGUAAUAUUUUGUCAUAAAAUGUGCCUUAGGAGCUUGAAGAAGCCCCUUCCCCUCAAGCUAGAAAGGUAGUAUUCUAGUUUUACCAUGCAACUACAGGAAAAGGUAUAACUGGGCUACUUCCUUUGGAAUCCUGAAAUUCUCAGGUUUUAUUUUAAAUGACAAGUUUCUAGCCCACAUGAUAUCUUCUGGCAGCCCAAACUUAUAUAAGAUUUAGCUGCACAAACCCAUUGAAAUCAAUGGCCUUAACAAGUACCGUAUUUUUCGCUCCAUAGGGCGCACCGGACCAUAGGGCACACCUAGUUUUAGGGGGGGGAAAUAAAGGGGAAAAAAUUAUUCCCCCCCCCAGGUCCAGGAGCGGCGGCAAGAUUGCACGCAACCUCGCCGCCGCUCCCGGAGCUUGUGGGGCUAGGGACAGGGGAAGCCUGAGCUUCCCCAGCCCCCAGAACAGGCCCAGGAGCGGUGGCAAGAUUGCGCGCAACCUCGGGGCCACUCCCAGAGCUUGCGGGGCUGGGGGCGGGGGAAGCCCAAGCUUCCGCCGACCCCAGCCCCAGC